AGGCCAACCAACAUCUCAUCACCUCCUCAUCGCCGGAUUUAAAGGUUGCUGCUGCUGGAUGGGUUCCUCAUCGGCAAGGAGAAAACAACACGAUUAUCCCUUCCAUCUUUCUCCAGGAAGAAGAUCGUCACAUAUGCCUGGCUGGUGCAAAGGAGAGCCAUGGACUUUGAGCUCCAUUUGAUUAAGAGUAUUACAAACAAUUUUUCGAAGAACCAAGAAGUUGGGAGCGGUGCAUAUGGAGCUGUUUACAGGGCGGUGCAUAACGGGGAAGAGAUUGCUGUGAAGAGGCUUCAUGCCUUGCAAGGACUUGAUGAUAAGGAAUUCGAUAAUGAAUUCCGUAAUUUUACAAAGAUCUUUCACAAAAACGUUGUAAGGUUAAUUGGUUACUGCUAUGAAUCACAAGAAAAAUUCGUUGAGCACAAUGGGGACCUAAUUCGUGCUAAAGCUAUGGAGCGAGUUCUUUGCUUCGAAUAUAUGCAGCGUGGAAGCCUUGAGAAAUAUAUUGGAGAUAAACCUUGUGAACUUGAUUGGACAACAUGUUAUGAAAUUAUUAAAGGGACAUGUGAGGGUUUAAAUCAUCUUCACAUGCAGAAAAAACAUAUUUUCCAUCUGGACAUGAAACCUGCUAACAUAUUGCUAGAUAAUAGCAUGGCUCCCAAAAUUGCAGAUCUUGGUUUAUCCAAGCUUGUUUCUUCCACAAUAACAUAUAAAGCAGAGGUGAAAAAAGGAACAUAUGGGUACAUGCCACCAGAGUACAUAAACAAUGGAUUCAUAUCUGAGAAGUUUGAUGUGUUCAGUCUGGGGGUCAUAAUUAUAAAAAUGAUGGCUGGGAAUACAGGCCAUGUCAGCUGUUUUGAAAUGUCCCCAAAAGAGUUCAUUGAGCUUGUAAGUAAAACUUGGAAGGAGAAGAUGCAGGCAGUGUCAGGGUAUUCAUCUCACGAGAUAUACAUCCUUCAAGUGCGCAGAUGCAUUGAGAUAGCAUUGCGAUGUAUAUGCAAGGAUCGAAAAGAAAGACCUAAUAUAGAGAAAAUUGUUCAUGAACUGGAGGAACUGGAGGUUGAGACCAAUAAAAUUGCACUACCUUUUGAUCGGUCAAAAGACCUAAUUCUGAAGAGAAGUUGUGCCACCAAUGAUGUGGCGGUGGACCCAGCGUUCGAGUUGCGCUUCCUCUUCGAGCCGAGGAAGGAGGUGUCGUGCUGCCUGCAGCUCACCAACAAGACGGAUGGUUUCCUCGCGUUCAACAUAAAGGUCAACAAGAACAAGUACCGCGCACAGCCCAGCAUUGGCACAAUGCCUCCGUGCUCCAAGUGUUAUGUCAUCGUGACGCUGCGUCCGCAGGGGGCGGCACCACCCAACAUGCAGUGUCACGACAUGCUGCUCGUGCAGAGCAUCAGCAUCAGCGAGCAACUGGCAUCAGAAGAUACUCAAAUUUCUUAUCAAGAAGUGUUCAAGACAACCUUAGCGGAGAAGGUGGUAGAUGAGGUGAAACUGCCAAUUGUUUAUGUUCCUUUAUUGGAUGGAUAAUAACAUCUACCUGUCGCCAAGCUGGUGCGCCAUGGUGUUGAAUUCAGACAAUUCUUGAAUCGAGUAGUACGCUAUAUAUGUAGCCGUGUUAUUUGCCAAAGAGAGUUCUCUGUAAUGAGGACGCUCGUGUGUGGUGUGGGUAGUUGACUUGAGGCUUUUUUUUGCGAGUGGACAUAAAAAAUGAUAUAAUCAUCCUUUCAGAGAAAAAAAAUCCCCUUGCAUUUGUUAUGAGAAGAAACACUCACGAUAUUUUGUUAUAGAG